AUGGGCCCGGCCAAGGAACUCAAGCGCAAGGCUACAGACGAGCCCAGCACACCGUCGGAUAGCAAGAGAGUCAAGAAGUCGUCUACAGACCCCCCUGAAGAGCAAGGCGUACACCGGAUACCUUUCCCAGAGAGACCCGCAGUAAUUGAAGAACGAAAUGGCGAGAUCGAAUUCCGAGUCGUCAAUAAUGACAAUAAACGCGAAAGCUUGAUCAUCCUCACAGGCCUGAAGUGCAUCUUUCAGAAACAGCUUCCCAAGAUGCCCAAGGACUACAUAGCGCGCCUGGUCUACGACCGCACGCAUUUAUCGAUCGCGAUUGUCAAGAAACCUUUGGAAGUUGUAGGAGGAAUCACAUAUCGACCAUUUCACAAGCAGCAGUUUGCAGAGAUCGUAUUCUGCGCCAUAUCCUCGGAUCAACAAGUCAAAGGUUAUGGAGCACAUCUGAUGUCGCAUUUAAAGGACUAUGUCAGAGCCACAUCGAAAGUCAUGCACUUCCUCACCUAUGCCGAUAACUACGCUAUCGGAUACUUCAAGAAGCAGGGAUUUACAAAGGAUAUUACGUUGGAGAAGGAGAAGUGGAUGGGAUAUAUCAAGGAUUAUGAGGGUGGAACAAUCAUGCAGUGUUCUAUGCUUCCACGGGUACGAUAUCUGGAGAUGGGUCGUAUGCUACUCAAGCAGAAAGAAGCAGUCCAUGCCAAAAUCAGAGCAUUCAGCAAAAGCCAUGUUGUCCAUCAACCUCCCAAGGAAUGGAAAACUGCUGUGGGGAAGAUCGACCCCAUGUCCAUCCCUGCAAUUCGCGAGUCUGGCUGGUCGCCCGAUAUGGACGAACUAGCUAGACAACCUCGCCACGGCCCCAACUACAACCAACUCCUCCAUCUCCUGAACGACAUGCAAAAUCAUGCUUCGGCAUGGCCAUUCAAUCAUCCUGUCAACUCGGAAGAAGUCCAUGAUUACUAUGAGGUCAUCAAGGAGCCUAUGGAUCUCAGUACCAUGGAACGGAAACUUGAGGCGGACAACUAUGCUACGCCAGAGGAGUUCAUUAAGGAUGCUAAGCUGGUGUUUGACAAUUGUCGAAAGUACAAUAAUGAGACGACACCGUAUGCCAAGAGUGCGAAUAAGUUGGAGAAGUUCAUGUGGCAGCAAAUCAAGGCGAUUCCAGAGUGGUCUCAUCUGGAGCCGUAG